UUUGCCAUCAGUUCGAAAGCAGCUCUCGGUGAAAAUGAUGAAACUAAGCGCUUGUCUGCUCCUCUUAACUCUCUUGGCAACCCUGACCGCUGCAGCCCCCGCGAAGAUGGACCAAUACGCCCCCAAGAAGGAUGAUCAGGCCGCUGAUGAUAUAGCUGCGGAAUUAAAGCAAAUCGAAUUGAUACCUGCCUAUCCAGAGGAAAAAACUAAAGGAUUGCAGGAGUUGCUUGAUGAUGGGCCAGAGAUGAGUAAUGAUCCGGCUGCGCUAGCAAAACGAUUGAACUUAAAUCUUACGCAAAUUAUGCCGGGUCCAGAUAAAUUAGACGAAAUGACAAGCGGAGGGCUUUGGAUGCAAGAGGAGUUUAGAAGACGCCCUGAGGAAAUUAAAAAAGACCAGCUUGCUAUUAAUAUGAAGUCAGACGACGAGGAAUCCGUACAAAUCAAGAAAGAAAACCCCAAGAAAAAAACAGAGGCAUCACCAGAGCAGCCUAAUCCAGUUUUCAAGACUGCUGGCAAGUCGGAUGGCUCAAAAAAGGUGGCUGUUGUAGGAUCUGGAGAUGGCAAGGCCUCAAAAGCAAAGGCCGUUGCUAAUGCGAGCGGUACCAACAAAAAUUCAUCUGCGGUGAAAACUGCCAACGCUAAACAAAAAGUGCAGCCCAAGAAGAAGGUGAACAAUAAGGGCCGCAAGCAGGAGAAGCCGAAAACCAACGCCGGCACUGCUCCCAAAUCUUCUGGAUAGUUGCAAAAAUUGAACAUGUGACAAAAUUGCAAUAUUAAAGAAACAAUAAAGAAAUUAUUUUCUGA